AUGGGUCGUGGCUCGCGCCAGACGUGCUCAGAUGCCGAAGGCAUUGCACACGCUCUGGGGGAGUUCGUGACGAGGCCCGACUUUUGCGACUACGGCAGCAAGAUGGACAAAAGCCCCGUGGAGCAGGACAAGCUCACGGCGGCCAGGGAUAUGCUGCGGGCUCUCCACGAGGUUGCUUCCAACCUGAGCUUAAACCAGCUGGGCAUGGAGAAGCCCCUCAAGGACAUCGCGGGGGACGGGUCCGCCAUUGAGCUGAACAAGAAGUUCAUCGACGACUGGGCGACCGAGCAGGAUGAGGAUGAGGACUCCCAGCCGCUGGUGUUGAAGCGCCCUGCAGCAGCCUGCCCAGGCUCGGUCAGCGACGACGACUCCGCGAAGCCCAGGAAGAGGAGCAAGGCGAAGUCGGACGGCAGCUCGAUCGUCGAGGUCGUCAAGCCUGCUGCGGUCAGCUCGCUGCCAAAUCCCGACGAGGACGACUUCGAGUACGGCUUCGAUGCAGAGAUGCGUUGCGCUUGGCACAAGAAGAUCAACGGGGGCAAGAAGGCCAUCAUCGAGUUCUCCGAGGACGUCUGGGUUCCAGAGCUUGCCAAGCGCUGCGACCCUGUGAUGGCUAAGUUUCCGAACGGCUACGUGCGCGAGGUGCUGAUGUGCACCGUGGCCAUGUGGCAGAACGGCGAAGAUCAGGCCCCCGCUGCCAAGUUGAACCAGCACGCCGCGGACAAGGAGAAGACGGACAAGCCCUCGGAGAAGGGCAAGUCGCCGCAGCAGCAGGGCGAGGAGUUCGAGACGGCGACGGGCGCGGGAGAGAAAAAAAAGCUCAGGUGGGAAACGCCGAAGGGCGAUGACGUCGUCUCUGUCAAUUUCAUCUGGGACGGGCCCAAGGGCUCGCAGAAGCAACGGUUGUGCAGAGUCCAGGAGAACGGCAAGAACUUCUUCCAGAUCAACUGCAAGCACUUCGACUCCGAGGAGGACGCCAUGGAGUUCAUGAAGAAUCGGGCGCUUCGCUACGCCGCUGGGACGAUCACCAAAGAAGAGGCUGAGCAGGAGAAGAAGCACUACAUCGACCAGAGGGCGCCACGGACCGCCGAGGAGAAGCCGAACGCCGCGAGGAAGAAGCCACGGACCACCGAGGAGAAGCCGAAGGUCGCGGACGGGGUGCAGACUCCGCCAUCCACACGCCCGCGCUGCCCAUCGCCUCAGCCACAGAUCUCGGCUGGGGAGGCUGGGGCGGUGCACAGUCAGAACGAGAGGGAGCUCGAGGGCGAUCUCAAGCAGUCGGGCGACUUGGCCAAGUCCAAGGGCUCGAACGCCCUCUGCCUCGGGGGGGAGCGGAGUGGCAUCAUCAGCCCUCCGAAUUUCACUGAUUCGGAGAACUCGGACUGUGACCAGUGA